AUGCCUCAAUGGGGGAAGUCCUGCAUAAAAGGAGGUGGGGAUGAAAUUUGCUCUGCUUUUGCCUUGCAAAAACAUGGCAGUGUACAAGAUAAUUCCUAUGUUCAGUACAAGCUACUUUCGCUAAACAAGUCACAAUCACAUCAUGCCAAUGAAGAAUGGGUCCACACCGUCCACUAUGGACAACUUCAGCUCAUCCUUGAAUGUGUAAUCAUACCCAAUAACCUCCUUCCUGCUUGUCAACACCUCCUUGCAGUUGUGACAUGUGUGCUUGAAGGAAUUGAUGGUGCAAUAUCCUCCGCAUCCUAUCUGGUUACGUUGUCUAUUCAAGUGCCAAGCAUCAAAAUUGCUGACCUCAACGCUGAAGGAGAGAAUGAAGGAAGGUCAGUUGGGAGGUUCAAACAAGACCACCACCAAGCUGUUCCCUGGUUCUUUAGUUAG